UUGUGGGUGCCAUAAUUUGUGUAUUUAUUUUUACGCGUCGACAGAUGCGCUCAUCAUUAUCAAUUUAUUUGGCUGCCCUAUCUUUUUUCGAUUUUGUGCUUCUCCUCUGCGCGGCAAUAAUAUAUCCUAGUAUGAAUAUGUGCUUACAGGAGGGCAAUCGUGGCCCCAUUUGUCAUUUCUUUUGGAGAACAUCACUUGCCACAUAUCCACUCUCCUUAAUGGCUCAAACAGCAAGUGUUUGGACAGUAAUAGCAAUCACAGUUGAUCGGUACCUGGCUGUGCGUUAUCCUCUGCAUAUGAGAGCUUGGUAG